AUGGAUUCCUACAACGACAUCCUGAGCAUCGUAGUGGACCUGGGCUUCGAAAACACGAAAAUCGGCUACGCGGGGGACGAAAACCCGACGAACAUAUUCAGCUCGAAUGUAGGGGUGCCACUGGACCUGGAGGUUAAAAUAAAAAACGAAAUUUAUAAGAAAUGCCUUUGCACCAAGGGGGAGUUUUACCAAUUCAACCUGAUUUACCCCCUGUGCUAUUUGGAGGCCCUGGAGGAUGCCAAGGUGAAGCCCUGUCUCUACCUGGACAGCAAGAACCACUUUGAUGUCAACGAGGAUGUGUUCGAGAAGAUCCUCUUCAUGAAUGUGAAUGGGGGUCGGUGCGUGCACAGGCUGCUGCAGGAGAGGGUCAAGGUGUUCAUCGGCAACAAGCUGCACAAGCAGAGCGACAUGUCUAGCGAGUUCGUCGACGGGGAGGCCGCGGCCGCGGAGGGGCCCCACGAGGGCGACGCGGCGGAGGCUCUCCCGCAGUCGCAGCAAACGGAGCAGUCGCAACGACCACAUCAAUCGCAGCCACCACAUCAAUCGCAGCCACCACAUCAAUCGCAACCGUCACACCAGUCGCAACAGUCACAACUAUCGCCACAAUCGCCACAAUCGCAGUCACCCCCAACGGGGGGAAACGAACGCGCGGAGGCCCCCCCCCGGGAGAGGGACCCCAAAGCGGAGCUAAAAACGCUCCAGGAGUGGGCGGAAGAAAACAACUACUUCGACAUGAACCUAGUGGAAAACAAACUGAUAGACGUGAACGGCAUAAGGAGCAUGCUAAACAAUCAUAACAAUGUGAGUUGUGGGCUGAAUGAGAAAAUGGAAAAAUUCCCAUACCUCUUCUCCCUGCCUAAUAAAAGGAACCAACAAAUAAAGGCCAAAAUUUCGGAGCUAUUAUUUGAAAAGUACAAAGUUCCCGCGUUGUAUUUUAACUCCAAAUCGGUGCUCACCGGGUUUGCCUAUAACAAAAAAGUAUGUUCAGUCGUGGACAUAGGGUCAUGCUACACGGACUUCUCCCUGUGCAAUGAGGGAGGUAUAGACGAUAAGAAUUAUAAAAUAUAUAAUAUAGGUGGGUCUACGGUAGAUUUCUUCCUGGAAGAAUUGCUAGAAAAACAUAAUAAGGAGUACUGCAUCCCGUAUUACGAAUUUUACAAGCAAAAUGGGAACCUCCAGAAUUAUAAUAAAGAGAAGAUUCACCUAGACUAUUAUAACAAAGCCAAGUACAUCCCUCUGAAGGAUUUAAAAAGCUACUUAUGUGAAGUAGCUCAUAGCGAAAAUAAAAUUCAUGAUGCAAAAAAUAUGACCUUUAAUGAAAAUCUAGAUGUUUACAUUCUGCCUGAUGGACAGAAUAUUAACAUUUCUAAAUUUAAUAACAUUGCAUGUGAAAUAUUUUUUACCCCCUCGUUAUUAAGUAACACCAAGUUGAAUCAUCAUUUGGGCAAUUUAUUUUUCAAGGAGGAGCAAUUUGAAGGGGUGUCUACCACUCUCUUUAAUAUGCUUAAUGGGAAGUGCGUAAAGCAGAAGGAAGAACUGCUGCGAAAUGUUAUCCUCACCGGCUCGUCAACUCUAUUUGAUAAUUUCAACCAGCGAUUUAUUAAAGAGUUUAACCACCUGGAUAUGAUGAACAAUUCAAAUUUGCAAAACUUCCAGGUGCUCAGCCAUGGGAAAUACGAUAAGCAGUAUUCUUCCUGGAAGGGCGGGAGCAUCUUAUCCUCCUUCAAAAAUUUCAACUCCUUUUUUGUUACGCGGCGGGAGUACGAGGAGUUCGGCCUGGACAUCGUCCACCGGAAGUGCUAG